CGUUUGUUUACAUCCACAACUAUGUCGGGCUCGGGAUCAAGUUCAGGGCCAGAAUUCAGGAGGAAAUGGGACCGAGAUGAGUAUGAAUCUAUUGCACAGCAGCGCAUACGUGCUGAGCGGGAUGCAGCUCAAGCUCAAAAACAGAAGAUUGCUCCUGUUAAGCGCGAGUUGUUAAAACAGCGCGAGUACAAAGUGGACAUUGACUCAAAGCUUGGCAAGAGUCAGGUCAUCACUAAAACUACCCCAGCAUCUCAGUCAGGAGGGUAUUAUUGCAAUGUGUGUGAUUGUGUUGUGAAGGAUUCUAUUAACUUCUUAGACCACAUCAAUGGCAAAAAACAUCAAAGAAAUCUUGGAAUGUCCAUGAGAGUUGAACGAUCCUCUCUGGACCAAGUGAAAAAACGUUUUGAUAUGAAUAAGAAAAAGUUAGAAGAAAAGAAGAAAGACUAUGAUGUAGAACAGAGAAUGCAGGAAUUAAAGGAAGAGGAGGAAAAGCUAAAAGAAUAUCGACGUGAGAAACGCAAGGAGCGGAAACGUAAGGCAGAUUCCUCAAUAGAUGAGGACCAAGGAUCAAGCAUGGACCCAGAAAUGGCAAAAAUAAUGGGUUUCUCUUCCUUUUCAUCAUUUAAGAAAUGAUAUUAUCUUUAUAUUUAUUUUCUACAUUCAAGUACUGUUUAUAAUUGCUGCAAAGUCAAUAUACAAUAUUAACAGGACUUUAUUAUAAGAUGAAAUUUUCCAUUAUUUUCAUGUUAACUGUUUGUUAUGCAAUUACACUUCUCCAAGAAGUGAUAACUUUAACAAAUCAUUCUAAUAUGAAGGCAGAUGGUGAUUAUUGUUCCAUUUGUUUUUUCUUUUCUUUUCAACGUGUAUUAUUUUAUUUUAUAGGAAUAAAUAUCUUUUAUGAGCAAACUCCA